UAUCCCUUCAGCAGCCACAGCCAAAGGCGCGAGCUUUCUGCCAAAAAAAAAACCCUAGAGACCACCGAGAAUAACCAUGGCAGACACAGGAGCAGCCCCAGCAGCCGCAGCACCGGAGAGAGGAGGCUUCCGUCGUGGGUUCGGCGGAGGACGUGGAGGACGUGGUGGCCGUCGCCGUGCGAGGAAGGACGAGGAAGAGAAGUGGGUUCCAGUGACGAAGCUCGGUCGUCUCGUCCGAGAAGGUAAAAUCCGAUCCAUUGAGCAGAUCUAUCUCCAUUCUCUUCCCAUCAAGGAGUACCAGAUCGUCGAUCUCCUCAUUGGACCCUCGUUGAAAGACGAGGUGAUGAAGAUCACACCGGUGCAGAAGCAGACUCGUGCCGGUCAGAGAACCCGUUUCAAGGCCUUCGUCGUCGUCGGAGACGGGAACGGUCACGUGGGUCUCGGCGUUAAAUGUGCGAAGGAGGUCGCGACCGCCAUUCGUGGUGCGAUCAUAUUGGCUAAGCUUUCCGUGAUUCCUGUGAGGAGAGGUUACUGGGGAAACAAGAUCGGAAAGCCUCACACUGUGCCGUGUAAGGUCACAGGUAAAUGUGGGUCGGUUACAGUUCGUAUGGUUCCGGCACCGAGAGGAGCCGGGAUUGUGGCCGCUAGGGUUCCGAAAAAGGUUCUUCAGUUUGCUGGGAUCGAUGAUGUGUUUACCUCUUCCAGAGGCUCCACGAAAACUCUUGGAAAUUUCGUCAAGGCAACCUUUGAAUGUCUGAUGAAAACAUACGGGUUCUUGACACCGGAAUUCUGGAAAGAGACGAGGUUCACAAAGUCGCCGGUUCAAGAGUACACCGAUCUCUUGGCUAAACCCAUCGCAAAGGCUAUUAUCCACGAGGACCUCGACAACGUCCCGCCCUCCUAAAUCCCCCCUCCCUGUGAUCGUUCUGUCCUAUGCCCGUUUCUUUUUAGUUUUCUCACAAAAACGUCGGCAAGAUUUUUUUUUUUUGUUCAACUUUUGACUUGGAUCAUUACGCAAGUUUUGCUUUGGAUCUGCUUCACAUUGCUUGCUUUUUUCCGUAAUCAACUGUUCAAUUUUUUUUUUAA